AUGGCGUCCUAUCUAGUGACUGGCUCUUCUCGGGGGCUAGGAUUGGCGCUGAUUACCCGUCUAGCCACAUUGCCGAAAACCGAGGUGGGGCCAAUCAUCGCCACCGCGCGCCAGGACAAUUCUGCUCGAUUGAAGGAAAUUGAAAGUGCCUCACCAGGGCGAGUGCAUAUGGUUAAUCUAGAUGUCACCAAUGAAUCAAGUGUGAAAGAAGCUGUGGCGGCAGUAGAACGCCAGCUGCAAGGGAAAGGGCUUGACUAUUUGAUCAACAACGCGGGAGUGAGUGACUGGUCACCAACAGGACUGGAAGGAAUGGACAAUCUAAACGAGACAUUCAAUGUCAAUGUUACUGCUCCACAUAUUGUAUCGCGCGCUUUCCUGCCACUUCUGCGCAAAGGCGAGAAGAAAACAGUAAUCAACAUAUCGACCACUAUAGGCUCCAUAGCUAUGGCUGAUGCUUUUCGACCCAUAUUGUCACCGGCAUAUAAGAUCUCAAAGGCCGCAUUAAACAUGCUCACUGUGCAAUAUGCCCGGCAAUAUGCGGAUGAUGGCUUCACCUUUCUUACGAUCAGCCCUGGUUGGCUUCGCACCGAUCUUGGUAGCCAGCGAGCAGAUCUUCCGGUUGAGGUUGGUGCCGAGAAGAUUCUGGAUAUCAUACAAAAGGCAACGCCGGAGCAGAACGGAAGAUUUGUGAACAUACAUGUCCCUGGAUGGGAGACGCGAGAGGGUCCAAAUCAAUAUGAUGGCAAAGACAUUCCUUGGUGA